AAAGCAACCAAAUGUUUUUGCGUGCUUUCAAAACUGGUAUUUAUCAAAACAUUUAGUGUGAGUCUUAUGUGGAAAUCCAAGUGUGUAUCAGUCAUGGGAGGCUUAGAUACCAUGCCAGUCCACUAGCCAGACUAGAAUGUCUGAUAGCACCAGGAUGCCCUGUCGCUGGUGAUGACACUGUCCACAUGGUAUCAGUUCACAUGGAUGGACAUUUUGCUAUUGUUGAGAGCAGCUUCCCUUGCCUGAUGGGGAUGCAUUCAUGAAGAUACUGCUAAUACUAAAGCCAGUGAGAAACGCUUGUGCUUGCAGGAAGCGGAUAUGGAGCUUGCAUGCAUGGAGGCAACUGACAAAAUACAUUCUCAAAGUAGGGCCAAAUGACCAGCAGAAUUACAUGGCACAGCUCUAGCUGGAUCAUUACCAGCAAGAGAAAAUAUGGUUGUAAGAAAUUUUACAUGACCCUCUACUGCCCUCUGAAGUAGUACAGUCCAGCGGUAGAUAACUGUCUCAUGAUCCUCUAAAACCCGGCUCCGAGUCUCUGGGCUCCAAGUGAGGAAUGUACUAGAGUCAGAAUACACUUCGCUCUAAACCAUAAUUUCCCCAAUGAUUGGGAAAGACAGGGUUUGGGGUUACAGCAAGGCAGGCUACAGUGAGGCAGGAUACAGGUCAAGCAAGAGGCAGGCACAACAUCAGACAGAGGGACCUAUGUUACUGAGGCUGCAUGGCAAGGCAGGAUACACAGUAAGAUGCAUAAAGGGUCAGACAAGGUGCAGGCACUAAGGCAAAGAGGAAGAUCUCUGUUGCUGAGGCCGGUUUGGGGUUUUGUAUAGCUUUUACCCCAGGGUUCGCAACUGGCUCUGAUAAGGAGGCUGAGAGCUCCAGCAGGGCCUUGGACCGAUCCUGCAAAUACUGAGGCAGGCUUCUGGUUCUGACCACCAGUUGAAACUCCAGAGCAGCUCUGAACUUGACACAACGUAAUUUCUUAAUGAUACAGUCCCAGACAACUGACCAGCUCCAGCCAUACUGUGACCUUGAGGUUCAACUAGUCAUGCUCUUUAAAUGGUGUUUCCGUUGAUGAAGGUCAGGAAGGGCAGCUGGUGCCAAGCAGGAGCUCACUGCACUGUUCCAAGAUUCACAUUCUGGGCACAAGUCAAGAUGCUUCAGUGGCACUGGCCUUCGUACAGCUCCCAGUCAUUGUGAGAAAGAAAGGUCAUCUUGAUUCUUCAUUUUUCCUUCUCUAAUCAGCAUAGGCUAAAAAUGCACACACUCAAGUGUGCCACUGGGUUCAGCACCUCCAGUUAAAAUGUUUCCUCAUUGAUUCUCAUUGUCCCCUAAAGCUCAAUCAACUAAAGUCUUUGGAGGGAAUUUCCUUGGCCAAAUUUAAUUUUGAAGAUGGUCUCAGAGGCUGUGUUCCUUUGCUCUGUGGGGCCAAUGCCAAAGGGGGUGGGGUGGGGAUUACAACAGACAAACAAAAAGACCCAGGAUAUUUUGGCCUACAGCUUUUGCUGCCCAUAACUAAGUCAUAGGAUGCGAAAAGCAUGGAUCCAAAGUCAACGAACCACAAAACAGCAAUGAGAGGCACUGAAAUGUGGCCAGGGCCAGGGGGCAUGGCAACUUGGGACCUUUAUGGGCCAGAUAUGGGUCACAGGCUUGAGGUUCAGCGUCCAGGGCAGGGAGAACCUGUGAGCCCUAGACAUUGUCAAAGGAGCAUAGAAUUUUUUGGAUUCCCCAAUCUGAGGAUGGGAAAGAACACUGGCCUUGGAUCUAGGGUCCAUCCUCCUGUCUCCCUUGUAGCUGGUAGAGAAAGAACGAGGGCAGCACCUUCCAAGGUUAUGAAGAACGGGUGAAGAGGGCAUACUGGAGGCAGAAAGUGGAGGAGACUAGGCCCAGCAAGAUAUGGUGUAUCUUGACAUUAAUCUUUCCCUCUUCUUCUGUUACGAUGCACUUGGAAGGCCAGAAGUGGCCAUCUAGCUCACUUGCAGGGCAAGAGGAAUGGGGAGAUGAAGUUUGCCUCUGUGCUCCUCUUCCUCUAAAUCUCUGAAUUUCGAGGCUUAAAGGCACCCCAUUGGUUCGCACCAUUAGUUGACCUGUGUACCAAUUAAAACAUGUGGCCCUAUUUUUUUAACUGGAUAGUAUUUAUUGGAUAGAACUAAGUCAUCUAUCCAAUGGGAGUGUGGUCAUAAGAGUGUGAAAUUGUGCAUAUAAUUUAAUUUAGUACAAAAAUUCCUGAUCAUCCCACAUUCAAAAAUUGUGCUAUUUUAAAUGCUUCAAAAUAAUUUCAAAGUUGACAAUCAUUACUAUUUUUCCAUCCCUCACCUUUUCAGAGGAAUGGAAUGGCAAAGAAAAUGUCCACCUUGACACUGCUGACGCCUUGGAGACUGGAAUGUGUUGCUUGUUAAUGAUAUGUCACUUAUGGAAGGAUGCAAAGUAGAUGAGCGAUGCAGAAAAUAGCCUACAUGUAUUUAAUCAAAGAGCCAUUUUCUGAGUAUUGCUAUUUAAAUCAUACUUCCAGGAAGUGCAAACUGUUGCACUGUUGGACAUGAAACUGGUUAAAAUGAAGCUGUUUUAAUUUUGUUCCAAUAUCAAAUACAUUUAUAAUGCUUUUAAUUUGUUGCUGUUACAUGUUGGACUUGGUGCUGUCUUGAUGGAAUCUUGGGGCUGGGCUCAUUUUGUUUUUGGGUUUGGUGACAUUGAGAUUCAAAUCUGAAAUGGCUUUUCAGUUGACACCCUAAAGUGGAACAAAAUCAGAUUGGCAAGUUGACGUGGGAUGGGGGCUGAAGUAAUGUACAAAGAAUGGGAGGAGGUAAUAUAUUCUGCUUGGAAAGGGGCUGUUUGGCCCACUUCUUCUUUGCAUCUAUAGAAAAUAAAGCAUUUUCCUUUAAAAUUUCCUUUAACAUUAAAAAAUGGGCCGGUCUCCUUGGUAGGCAGUGCUGUACACUAUGAUUUCCCUUGGAAGUUCUGGUGUUACAUUAGUAUAAGAUCGAUGGAGGUCCCCAUUUCUUGGAGAAUUGGGCUUAUAUUUAAGCCAGUAUCCAUCCAGUAAGGUCUGAAGGAGUGGGGCUGGCAUGCAAGGGAUGUGGGGUGCAGAGCCUGCCUGUCCCCUUAUACAAGGGUUGAGCAACAUGUGUUUUGUAUGCUGCGUGUGUUCCCUGGCUCUUUUUGUAACUCCCACCCAUCCUCCUUGCCACUGAUUUUGCCACCAAAAUUUGGUGUCACAGGAACCAAACCACUCACCCUUUGCUGCUGGAAUUUGACAGGGCGGCAACAUUGCAACAAAGGGAGGAUUCUCCCUUUUUCGCUGUUGUGCUGCCAAAUUUCAGGUGCAAAUUCAGUGGUGCAGCAGGAUCAGGGGCAUGUUCCCGGGGGGAAAUUGGCCAUUGCCUAACCUUGUUUUGGCCUCACAUGUGCAGGCAAGUUUCCAAGAUAUGUGUUCUGGUGUUUUUCACUUCAAGGAAUUCAAGGUGCCUUACAUGAUCCUUUUCCUAAAUUUUAACCUCAUAACAACAACCCUGUUAGGCCAAAAGCCCAUGGCCCAAAGUCACCCAGGGGAGUUCCAUUGCUGAGUAGAAGUUAGAAACCGGAACUCUCAAUGUUCCAUUUGUUUGCUCCAGCCAACGCUGGUGUAACACUGGUUUUCCCCACACCAGUCAAGUUAUGGAGCUGGCCUCAGCAUUCUGAUUUCCUGCCAGUUUUUGUAAUUUGCUCGCUACCAUCUUCUUUCUCCCUUAAACUUUGAAGCUCUUAGCUGCCUCCAUUCCUGCUUCACUGAUUGUGCUGGCUAUCUGUAUAAUGAACUAUAGCAUCUCAGUGGAGAAUGCAGGGUAGGAGGGGUAAAGAUAAUGCAGAAAUUGCUUCUUUUUCUUCUUUCUUUUCUAAAGGAGACUUCUGAGAUUAGAUCUUUCCUGAGUCAUGUAAAUAUUUAGUUCCAGUGGAGAAGAUACUUGCAAGCCAAGUUUGAACGAACUACUGCAGGGACGCCCUCUGCAUUUUGAAAUUUGAUCUCCCUCUGAAGCCAAUAAAUUACAGAAGGAAUGCAGGAACUAAAUUUGCUGUUUGUUUAAAAAUAUCUCAUACUUGCUAAUUUAUUCAAGGAGCAAUCCUGGGCUGCAAUCCUAAACUUGCUUUUUAGGUUGACAGGCAUACUAAUUUAAGUGUCAUUUACCUCUGAGUAAAUAAGCAUGCAUAAACCUAAGCUGCAUACACAGUGAAUAUACAAAUAUCAGAGCAAGGCAGGGUCAGCCCAGAGGGCGCUGGUCUGGAACCCGUUCUCCCUACAUUCACAAUCAAAGCAGAUCAUGUUCAUAAAGACAGUAAUGAAUGGGUGUUCAGUUCUCAAAUUCAGUUUACUUCUUGGAAAAUUGUUGCUGUGUUGUGGUGAUAAGAGUGUCAGCUGGGACUCAGGAGAUCCAGGUUUUAGUCCCCACUUAGCCAUGAAGCUCACUGAGUGCCUUUCAACUAGUCAGUGACUCUUAGCCAGACCUACCUCAUAGGGUUGCCAUUGUGAGGAUGAAAUGGAGUGGAGAAAGAGGGGACUGUGGAUGUUACCUUGGGUUCCUUGCAGAAAAAAGGUGGGUUAUAAAUGUGACAGACACACAGAUGACUGACAGACAGACAGACAUUAGUCUGAUUCUUCUGAAAUGUCAAGUUGUAGCAAACAGUAGUAUACCUAAUUAAUUGGCUUAGUGUGUUGGGCGGGCAGCCUACCCUUCCUCAAGAGUUAGUGAUCACACAGAUACAGGAAAGGUAGGCUAAUUCCCAUAAACUCAUGCCUAGGUGGGAGCACAGAAAUAAUCAGGGCAUAAGGCCAGGGCAAAAUGUGAUUUGGUGGGCUCCAUCCUCUUUUGGGCUUUGUUCUUAGCAGCAGCCGCCGCCUAACAACUGGCAAGAACAUUUCUAACUUAGGGGCAUAGUAUGAAUUUAAAAUGACAGGCUGGGAUAGCUGCCUGCAGUUGUUCAGAACAUCAGCUGGGCAGAAGGUAAAUGGGGCCCAAGCAGGCAUCAUAGUGGGGAGACUGCAACCCACUAGGUGCCCAAGAACACCCCCAGUUCUAGAUGCCAGCCCUGCCUACUGAGCAGCAGCUGCUUUACAAGGGGCAGCCCUCUGUUUGAAGGGUUGUCUAGAGCCUGUUUAAAGGUGAGGCACCCUAGAAAGGGACAGCAGUGGGACUGUGAAGGUGUGGGUCUGCAGUUGGAACCUGGAAUGUAGAUGCAGCGGGCUUGUGGGGCACUGGCUUCCCCACACCAGUGUGAUGUAUUUCUAAGUUAAAGUAAUGAGUUCUAAAAGUGUGUCUGAACAUAUAAGUUAGCCUAAGCAAAUGGGAGGCAAGUCUGUGUCUCUUUUGCCCUUGUUUUUGAAAUGUGCAAGUGAUGACCCUAUUCACAUGUAAUGGUGGGGUGGUCUAGUCCUUACAAACGUGGCAGAAAUGAUCAAAUGGGUUCCCUCACUCCUCCUCCAUCUUACUGCACUCUGCUGCUAAAUUUCCUGCCUCCUUGGCUCCCUUCUGGUAUCAGAGCUGGAGGGGAAGUAUGGCAAGGGAUGGUGUUCAUAUAAUUCCAGCCACUUUCCUCUAGGCUCGAUAUCUGAAUGGGCCGGACUCGUGGGCAUCCAGUUUGGCCCUAAGCCUCAGGCAAAAGAAUCUCACCUCUCAAUAAGACUCAGAAGCAUGUCCAACGAAGAGGAAAGCAUUGCCAAAGGAGGACUCCUGUUUGCCCAUGCCGUUGUGGUGUUGUGGUAAAGAAAGUUGGACUGGUUCUCAUUGGCCUUGAACACAGUGAGAUUGGGCCAGUCACCCACUUGCAGCCCAACCCACCUCAGGAUAAAAUUGAGAGAAGGGGAGCCUUACAAGCUGCCCUGGGUUCCUUCCAAGAGCAGGAAAGGUGGGCAAUAAAUGCAGUGUAAUAAUGAUACAAAUUUAUUCCUAUUUAGAAAUAUGCAUUAUAAUUUAAAUGGAAUUGCAAUAUAUGGUAGUAUAAUGAAGAAGGCCAGGUGAUUGGGUUAUGUCCAGGUGCUGUUCAGGUUAAUGGGUUCUAGUUCUUCAUCUUUAAACUGGAAUUGGACUAGAUGUUCCUUCUGAUAGAGGAUGCCUUCAAAUAGAGGACAGUCCUCUGUAAAAUAGGGCACAUGAUGUUCCUAAUAAGAAUGCAGUGAGUUGAAUUAAGGAAUUUAAAAGUGGGGAAGCAGAGAGGUCCAGUGUGUGAGCUCAAACUUGGAAAUAGCACUCCAAAUAAAUGAGUUUGGUUUGUUGCAAACAAAGCAACAAACAGCCAGAGCUCUGGUUUAUAAUGAAGGCUCAACAUCAUAACAUGAUGUUCCCAAUGACUUACUUGGAUGCUUUAUCCGUCCUGUCUUUGUACGCUGAAAGCUUUGUGUGUGGGGUGCCUUCAAGGAGCUCAUCCUGGAAACCACCCUUUCUUCUUCUGAAUACUCUUAUUAGGACAUAAUUGCAUCCAUUGUGAUUCUUCUGGGAAGCAGCCAGGUAAGGAUGUUUUCAGCUUCCCUUCUACCCAUACGAAUAUUUGGCCUACUAAUGAUUUUCUGGACAGGAUCCAAAGUGGCCAUAAGCACACACAUGAACUUUUCCAUGGUCAGUGGGGCUUCCUCCUUAUUCCUUAUUAGGUAGGGAGGUAUGAAUCCACAAAACUUGAGCUUGCCAACUUUGUCCAAAUUCUGCCUCAAAGGUCAUUCAGAUUCAAGGCCAUAUUAGAUUGCAAGUUUGUUUGUUUGUUUUCAAAUGAAAAUCUGCCUAUUUUUUCCAAGUUUUACUCCCACUGAUUAAAGAAUAUUUAAUCGUAAUGCAUAAUUAAAGUAUGCAUUUCCUGCACAAUUUUGAAAUGUGCAAAAGCUGUUGAAUACUUCCUUGUGUUGAGUAGGGGUGCUUCCUUCUGGACAGAAACGAAUUUCUCACAACCCCUACUAGCAUGUGCUUGGCUUGCUUUAGAGACUACCCCUACAGUUCUUCCAGUUUCUGUGACUGGUCAGGUGGGUCCUGGGGUGAGCUGCUUUUGGAAAGGGGUCAUCAGAAACAAUGCUGAAUGCCUGAAAGGGGUGCUUCCCAGAUCCCAAUCUGAUCUUCUAAGGUUCUCCUUUCCCCGGUUUCCCCAACCAAUGAUUGCUGAGACAUUUCCUAGUUUUUAUGCUAUUCUCUUGCUGCCACCUACUCCCGCCAAAAAAGGUUGAAAAUGCUUUUCCUGAGGUUUAGUUACUUGUGGAAGAGCUUUCAGCUAAAUAUGCUGGUCUUCUGGCCCCACCCCUUUUGCCUUUAUCCUGCCUCCCUUUGCCUUUGGCCCUGCCCACCACUGAAAUUAGGCCUCCAAGAGCUUCUCCAAAAUAAUAUUUGGCCCUUGAGCUGAAAGACGUUCCAUACACAUGUUCUACAAGUGCUGCAAAGUUCCCAGAGAGAAACAAAAUGCAACAAAUACAAUAUAUGUGGAUAUUUUAAUCCUUUAGGGUGGUGUGAAGCAGAAAAAGGUUUCUAAUAGGCAGUUGAAGAGUUGACAUCCGGCACAGGAACCCUUAUCUAAACAUCAGCCUCUAGGUGCUAUUAUGAUACAAACAAUACAUUCAACAGGUGCGGCUCCUAUUGCAAAACUGUUCCCCCGCACACUUAAGCAGGACCUGUCAGAUCUUUUGAAAAGGAUAGUACAAAGAUUGUCACAACUCUGCAAGGUGUUGCUCGCCAGGAGUGGAAGAAGGUGUUUACGUUGGAUAUUUUUUUUCCUGUGGGGUGAGGGGAAAUCCAAUUUUCAGCAUGCUUUUAUUGAGAAAGCACUGAAUGUUUAUGAAACUGAAGUGCAAGCAAGAUCCAGUGUUUACUGAAAAAGAGGGAAAGGGAGGCGUAAAGGAAAGGGAGGGGAAUUUGAGAAGAAAGCUACAGAAAGACAGCUUCUGAAGGUGGCGAUACGUUCUGUGGGCUGUGGCAGGUAAGGUCCACUGAAUUGUCCAGUUCUGUCACGUAGUUGGUUCUUUUGGUUCCAUGGUGGUUAGCAAGCUGGAAGAGAAAAAGUGUACGUGAAGUUGAAAUAAUGCUUGCAGUGAAAACUCAUUUUAAAAAGAGCCAAAUUCCUUCCAAAUAAAAUGGGGAAGAGCUUCCAGGAGAAACCAGUUCGGCAGGUUGUACUACCUAGAGGGGAUUAUGGGUUCCUUUAACAAAACAGUACAAAAAGAAACAAAGAACUUGCUGAGACUGUAGUAUUAAAACUUCACAAAUGCUCUCCAGUGUAACAUUUUUGGGUGUGUUCAUCCAUGUUGGUUGUUUCUUUCUCAUUGUUCAACAGGGAAAGGCAGAUAAGAAUACAUUGCUCCGCAGUUGCUUUUUAAAGGAAACAAACAAGCCAGUCAUACAAAUCCCUUAGUGGGUUUGCCUUUUUAAAGAAAUAAACGUAUAUUCUAUUUUUAAUUCUGAGUUAACUUCUGGAAUAUCUGUGUGCCAAGGAGUGUAUCGUUAAACAUUUACUUGAAGCAAACAGUUAAAUUGUACGCAUGUCCCAAAUCUGACAGGUUACUCUGCGUGUAGGCAGGUGGGGUUAAAGUAACCAUGGAGAUUUAUGAGGUCAUGCUUGGGAAAGCAUGUUAAGACAGUGAAUGUAACAUGUAGCCAUUCAAAAGUCCCAUAGGCUGGAAGUAGCUUUUAUGCAAAUGACAAAGUUCCACUUGGGAAAGGGGGUAAAGGAGUUGCACUGGAGGCAUGGAAUGUAUUUUACCUGCCUGGAUUGUUAGAGAGUUUACUAUGAAGUAAAGAGUUUGGUGGCUGCGGGAAAUGUUCUGUAGCUUAUCGCCUGCCUUCCCCUGGGACUACAGCAAUUAGACAAGGAGCCCGAAGCUCUCUCAAAGCCCACAGCCCAAUUUGGGAGAUCAGACUGAAUAUUUGUCAGCGGCAUCUGCUGACUCCCUGGAAAUCAUGGCUGAAGGAGAGUCCCCUUCUCCAUUCGCACGAGGAAGCCGCACACGAGCAAGUCUUCCAGUGGUGAGGACAACAAACCAGACCAAGGAAAAAUCACUGGGUGUUUUAUAUCUUCAGUAUGGAGAUGAAACUAAGCAGCUACGGAUGCCCAAUGAGAUCACAAGCACAGACACGAUCCGUGCCCUCUUUGUAAGUGCCUUCCCCCAGCAGCUGACGAUGAAAAUGCUGGAGUCACCCAGUGUGGCAAUAUACAUUAAGGAUGAAAGCAGAAAUAUCUACUAUGAAUUAAGUGAUGUAAGGAACAUUCAAGACCGAUCUUUCCUUAAAGUUUACAACAAAGAUCCUGCACAUGCUUUCAAUCACAUGCCCAGAGCUGUAAAUGGAGAUGUAAGGAUGCAGAGAGAAACCUUCCCAAACGCUUCUCGGCCAGGAUCUGCAGCUCAUCCCCCUCCCCCUCCUCAUGCUCUUCCAACUUCACCGCCUGCUACACCGGUGCCCCAUUCCAUGCCCCCUUCCCCGUCCAGGAUCCCCUACAGCAACAUUAGGCCAGUCAGUGGCCCUGGCAAUGCAACAAUUCCCAGAGACAGGCUUUCGGGCAUACCGGCUUCAAGAUCCAUCUCUCCGAGCCCUAGUGCCAUCUUGGAAAGAAGGGAUGUGAAGCCAGAUGAGGACUUGAGUACCAAAACCCUCACGCUUUUUCGUAAUGAGGGACUGUAUGCUGACCCCUACUUGUACCAUGAAGGCCGGAUGAGCAUUGCAGGUUCUCAUACAGGACAUUCUUUUGAUGUACCUGACCACAUCGUUGCCUACCACCGCAGCACCAUGAGAUCCUCAAGCACUUACUGUAAUCCCCCUAUGCAGCCUGAAAUUACAGAGCAAUUGUUGUAUCGGCAGAAAUCCAGGAAAUACCCUGACAGCCACUUGCCUACACUGAGUUCCAAAACUCCUCCUGCAUCUCCUCACAGAGUGGCCGACAUGCGAAUGAUGGACAUUCAUACCCACCAUGGUGCCCCAGUGGGAGGUCCUCACACCAUUCACCUUGACAGGUCAUCUCCUGGCCGCCAGUCUCUCAAGAAGGACCCAGGGACUCCUGUGUAUGUGGAAGCCAAGCCACGGAAUGCCAUGGGUUUAUCUGGCAUGGCUGAGGUAGCCCCAUCAAUACCUGACAAGAAAACAUUUGGCUAUGGAACAACCGUGAUACCCAAAGAGAAUGAGACCAGAGAGAGGAUGCAAGCCAUGGAGAAACAGAUUGCCAGCUUAACUGGUCUUGUUCAGUCUGCGCUUUUAAAAGGGCCAAAUACAAGUAAUAACAAAGAGGCUUCUAGUGAGAAGAUGGUGAAAACUGUAUCCAGUAGAAGCAACACUGAGAAGUUAGGAUCUGCUCAUGUAUCUGGUGGGAAGAAUUCAUUAGCAGCCAUUGAGGCUGUUACUAUGAACACCAGCCCCUCUGUCCCAGUGGGCUCCACAGCCAUGCAAGUCAGCCUUUUUGACAUAAAGCGCAAUGUAUCGGAUCUCCGCCUCCAGCUGAACCAGAUGAGACAACUGCAGCUGCAGAACCAGGAGGUGCUGAGGGCCAUGGUGAAGAAAGCGGAGCUGGAAAUCAGCGACAGAGUGAGUGAAAGAGCCAAGAGGCUUGAAGAUCCCGUGCAACGGCAGCGCCACCUGGUGGAGCAGGAAAGGCAGAAAUACCUCCAUGAAGAGGAAAGGAUCGUGAAGAGCUUAUGUGAGCUGGAAAGUUUUGUUGAAGAGCUGAAGAAGGAAUCUAUGACAACUAAUCGGAUAGUUACACUGAAAGAUGUUGAAGACGGAGCUUUUCUCCUACGGCAAGUCGGAGAGGCAGUUGCUAGCCUCAAAGGUGAAUUUCCAACACUGCAAAAUAAAAUGCGAGCCAUUCUUCGCAUCGAGGUGGAAGCUGUGAGAUUUUUAAAGGAGGAACCCCAUAAGCUAGACAUCCUCCUGAAGAGGGUCCGGUGCAUGACUGAUACCCUCACUACCCUUAGGAGGCACGUUACAGACAGCCUGCUAAAAGGCGUGGAUCUCUCUCAGGCUGCACGGUACAAUGCCAUGGAGAAAGCCACAGCCGCGGAAGUUCUGAGAACCCAGGAACACGUCGCAAACAGCCACGCCUGUCCAGAGCAGAGUGUUGUGGAGCCCCCAGCGGAGCCCUCUGCCAAGUCCGCCGUGGCCCCCGCCCCCCCGAUGACGGGCCACCACAUGCAAAGCUCCCCGGUGGCCCCCCACCAGUCUCAGCAUUCCUCGGCCCUGCUCGGCCAUGCCCCAGCGUCCCCGCCGGCAAGCAGCCCUGCAGGAGGGUCUCCUGGGCCAGCCCACCCAAGCCCCGCCACUGCGCUGGCAGCCACGGCCACCCCACCAGCCCAGACCCCACACUCUCCCCACGUCUCGGUGAAUGGCUCCACCGUGCAAAGCCUUUUCAUCGAGGAGCUUCACAACGCCAGUGCAAGGAACAGAGCUCUGUCAAUUGAGAAAGCAGAGAAGAAAUGGGAAGAGAAACGUCAGAACCGGGAUCACUAUAAUGGAAAGGAGUUUGAAAGACUCCUAGAAGAAGCACAAGCAAAUAUCAUGAAAUCAAUCCCAAACCUCGAGAUGCCUGCACAAGCAGCAGCUGAUACAACCGAAAAAUUAGAAGUCUUUGAAGAGACUCCAAGCACAGGGCAGGAUGCUGAAAAGCCAGUGAAGUCUCCUCCUCCCCCGCCUCCACGCCGCACCCAUCUGCUGGGACCGGGGCUCAGCGCGAGACUGGGGGAGAUCAGCUACGUGACCAGGAAGGACAGCACAGCGGCCAAGGAAAGCAGUGAAGAUACACAUCAAGGAACACAGCCCAAAGUACCUAAGGAAGAUGGAGCCUCUCCUCAAAUGCCAGUCUUGGGCACAGUUCCACCUGCAAAGGAUGAGGAAGAGGAAGAAGGAGAUAGAAUAAUGGCAGAACUACAGGCUUUCCAGAAGUACUCUUACAUGGAUGUAAACUCAAACAGUCAUGUUGAACAUCCCAGAAAUGACACACAUACAAAAGAUGCAAGGCAUGUGUCCUUAACGCAUCCCAAGGAGAAGAAGGUGGAUGGGGAGGCAACAAAAGAUAGUGACCAUGCCAAGGACAAGACUGAAGACAACACAGAAGCGAUGGUCCGGGAUGCUUCCCGCAUCACUGAAAACGCUGCCUUCAGCAGAGCUUUGCUUUUGGAGAAUAAGGAUUUCCCUCCUCAAAAUUAUCCUAAGCCAAACACAAACUUCUCCAGUGUGUUAGCAAAUGAAAGAAAAAGGGGGGUUGAAGAAGUGCAGUAUCCAGCAGUAGAAACUGCAAGGCAAGAACCAAACUCUGGCAUAGUAAAAGAGACUGGUUGUAGAGCAUCAGAGAAUGAGCUCCUGGAAGGUGAAGGAGUGCUCCUUGUCAGACAAACAGACCCACAUGCUCAGGAAGUCUCAUUAGCUCCUCAGUCAUCACAGGUGCAAGAAACGGCUGUUAGUGGCUAUAGUCAAGUUGUGCUGAGGCAUAAGGUAUCUAGGAAUUGUACCGUAAAUAACAUUGACGAGGUAGAGCUACCAACCAGCUCCCCUGGUGAAGAAAACCCACCACCAGAGAACAUUGCUUUCAUGAUCACCAAAACAGCAGUGCAGUUUCUGUCCAGCGGAGAGGUCCAUGAUAUAGUCAACAGGAAGGGAGAAGAAGUGCAGACAGUCAACAUUGAUUCCAGAAAGGAAACAGCAUCCCAGCAAGGCCAGCUGGAGAACCCCGAAAGUGAUGAACCGGUUGUUUGCUUGGACAAAAAGCCAGUCAUCAUCAUUUUUGAUGAACCAAUGGACAUCCGAUCGGCUUAUAAAAGACUGUCAACAAUAUUUGAGGAAUGUGAUGAAGAGCUGGAAAAAAUGAUGACAGAAGAGAAGAUAGAGGAGGAGGAAGAAAAUGAAGAAUCUGACACACCUGAUAGUCAGGGUGCAGAAGUCGUCCAGACAGAUACGAGCAAGAGGCACCUGUCUGAUUACAUGAGAAAUCACAGCUCGGAGGAACAGCCUGGACUCCAUUCUCCAUCUGUGUCAUCAGCUCAAGCCACACCACCAGGAGGGCAGGAAACAGACAAGUUGGAUCUGGGGAACUCUAGUUUUAUUUAUGGUCCACAUCCAGAACCAAAGCUGGAUGUUCCUGAUGUGAAGAAAAAAUUUAAGUUCAAAUUUCCUAAAAAGCAGCUGGCUGCUCUUACUCAGGCAAUACGCACAGGAACAAAAACUGGCAAGAAAACUCUGCAAGUGGUAGUGUAUGAAGAGGAAGAGGAAGACGGUACUCUGAAGCAGCACAAAGAAGCAAAGCGGUUUGAAAUACCCAGUUCUCAGCCUGAGGACCCUUCUGGGAAGCAGGAAACAAACAUGUCAGCCCAGACCUCUAGGACUGAAGAAAUCAGGAAAAAUACUUACAGGACUUUGGACAGUCUGGAGCAAACCAUUAAGCAGCUGGAGAACACCAUUAGUGAGAUGAGCCCAAAACCAGUGUCUCAAGCCACAGGGUACUCGGAGGAAGCUUCUGUCUCGGGCAUUUCCUCACCAAAAGAACCCUUAGCUCUGGAAGAGAGCACUGCUGAUGGUGAAUUUCCUCCAUCAAUGCCACCAACUUCACGUAAGGCUUCAAGCAGCUCUUCGCAGACCAGCAGGAUGCCAGUCCCCACAACCACAAAAAGUAGACCACAAGGAAAUGUGGACAAAACAAGUAAACCACACAAGCUACAGGAUCAGCGCCAAUACAGACAGGCUAAUGGAAGUGCUAAGAAAGCUGGUGGGGACUAUAAGCCUACUUCCCCUACCCUGUCUGCUUCAAAAAUUCCAGCCUUUUCUUCCACCUCUGGGAAAAAUAGCUCUGUGUCUAGUGGUGAUAACGCUAACCUUCCGAGCCCACCUACUAAAGCCUCUCUUCCUCCUUCUAACCCUCUCAGUCCUCCAACAGGGCGCCCCAGUCAUUCUGCUUCCUUCAUCCCUUCUGUCUCUAAUGGCUCUUUGAAGUUCCAGAAUCCUACUCACACAGGGAAAGGCCACCCUCACAUUUCCUUCUCAAUACAGGCCCAAAAUGGCCGGCCAAGCCCUCUUCCUCCAUCUCCCCUUUCCUCAUCCUCCUUCUCCUCUCCCGCUUCCACCUCUCCCACAUCACUGAGUCAAGGUAUGAAGAGCAUCCGAUCCAUCCACACACCCAGCUUCACCAGCUACAAGUCCCAGAAUGGAAGCAUCAGCAAACCCCCAUCUUCCACCAUCACCAAGGAACCAUCCUAAAAGUCUCAUUGCUGGCUUAUUCAAGCUCACCAAAGUCUUCUAAGUUGCUGAUGACACUGCAACCAAUCCUGUAGCCAAGGAAUGUGUUCCAAUGUUGCUGUAUCAUUAUCAGGCUUAAUACUACGCUUGUGCUAGAUUCUGGGUUGAUAGUAUAAAUUAGAGAUAAAAACAUAGUUUUGUAAGCACCAUUGCUGUUGGAACACCAGAGUGGAUUUGUGUGUGCGUGUGUGUGUGUUGCGUUGCAUUGCAGGGAGGGGGGGAGGGUAGCAAAACUGUUAAACAUCCAGAGGGUGUGACUGAAGACUGUGUGUGUGUGCGCGCGCACGCGCGCACACAGAAAUGUAUCCAGCAUGAAAAAAAAGUAUUUAAAAAGUGAGUUUUGUAUAAAGCUAUUUUUAAGUACAAGAACUAAACAUCGUGUGAUAUUGCGAAAGUAUAAACUGAAACUAAAAUAUUUUCCUUUUAUUUUAGUGUUAUUCAGAUUUGUUACAGAUUUCUAUUUUUGUCAACAACAGAAAGCCUUCAUGGUUACUUUCAAAAAUCUUUUUGCCAAAACAUUUGAUACUAUUAUAAUGUACAUUUGAUAGAGUAUGUUAAACACCUUCCUUUGCACAAGCCACAGAGUUGGGAUGGACACUGAUCUUUAUGAGGCAACUUAAUCUAUUGCACUGCCAUUCAGAAUAUAUUUAAUAAUUUGCGAUGCCAAGGGAAAAAUUGUUUUUACAUUUAGGCAUUUGCUGAUUCUUUUUAGCUAAGUCUCCUCUUCUUCAUUUUCCAUUUUAUUAAGAACUGGGCAAAUCAUGUAGUAUUCCAGUGUGGAUUUUUUUAAAGUGUACACUUCUGUACUGUUCUGUAUAAUGGAAAAACCUUUGUAAAUAAUAUAAAUAUAAAUAUAAAUACUGUAUGUGACUGGGCACAUAGAAUAGUUUUCAACACCAAAGGUCCAUUUUAUGCAUGGUUCUAGUCUGCUUCGGGAAAUGAUCUGUACAAGACAAUUGGCGGAGGGGAACUGAGAAUGGUUUUAAAAAGUAAUUUGUGUGCAAAACUAGAGUGCUCUUUUGUAAAUAUCUUAUUUGUACAACUCCAUAAUAUAAUAUACAGAUGCAAGAAAAAAACCCUUUGCAAAAAUAAAGGGCUGCAUGCUUACA